AUGGCAGUUCAACUUGAUCGCUACUCAAUGAUGAUUGUUUCCAAAUACUUUAAUUAUAUUUCUGAUUAUAUCAACAUGGUUUUUGUGUGUAAAAAGUUAGAGGAAAUACCAGAGAUGUUUCAUUUUAAUCCCAUUUCAGUUUCAUUUAUAACACAAAAGUAUUUUCCAAAUGUCGAGACUCUUCAUCUCUAUACAGAAAAAGAUAAAUUUCUUUCCAAAUAUCGCCAAUACUAUGUCCACUACCCCACACCUCUUCACAAAUGCAUUAAAUUAAACCAAGGUAAACAUGUUAUAUGUCCAUUAAGAACUUUUAGAUUUGAUAGUCAACAUUAUGGAUGUUCUUAUAAAGACGCAAACAUUUUUUUAGACAAAGCAGUUAAAAAUACGAGUGCUAAACUGACUGCAAUGGACUGUUCUAACAUCGUAAAAUUUGGUCUUUCGUGUUUUGAAUUUAACACUUUGUUAGUUUCAAUUACUUUAUCAAGUAAUUUAUAUGAAAUUCCAUAUAAAUGCUUUUUCUUAUGUGCGAACCUCAAAGAAAUAAAUUUGGAACACAUCAGAGUGUUUGGGAAUUACUGUUUCUGUCGUUGCAAUAGUCUAAGUGCUAUUACUUUGGGAACUAACAUAAUAAAAAGUGCGAAAUAUGCAUUUGAUGAAGUAACAUCGAUUAAAAAUGUUACGGCGCCUGGAGUCAAAAGUGUUGACUUCGAUAUAACGGCAUCUUCCUCAAAAGCAUUUCUUAAUAUAAAGCACAAAACCAUAACGAUAAAGGAGGACUAUACCAACUUUAUUUUACCAGAUUUUUUAUCGGACGAAAUUCAAUCUAAUGUUUACGUUAACAAGAGAGGAUUGUCCGAUAUAAAUCUGGCGAGCACAGUGACGACUAUUCGAAUCGAUGCGUUAUCGGGAUGUGACUUAAAACGACUUGAUUUGUCGCAUGUGAUAUCUUUUGGAACUCAACGUUUCAUGACUUGUCUCACUGCAAUAACAUUGAACAGUAAUGUUAAAAUUGACAAUUUAUAUGAUUAUACUGGACUGAAGAAAAUCGAUGCCAUUAACACUAAAGUAAUUAACGUGAGAGCUGCAUGUUGGAUGAAAGCAAUGUUAGAUGCGAAGAAUCUUGAAAUUAAUGAGUUUUGUUACACUCAACAAGAUGUCGAUGUGUUCAAAGGAAUAAUUCCUUUAAAUAUUAAAAACCUUCGAACAAUUAUAUCAGACGCAAACUUUGAAAAUUACAAAUACGAAGAAAUGACAAUUCCAGAGGGAAUUACAAAUAUGUCGAUAAACGCAUUUAAAAAUAAUGAAAAAUUAAGAAAACUCGUGUUUCCAGCAAGUUUUCCAGCAAGCACAUAUUUUACUAAUACUUUCACACACGCAACAAUUGAAGAACUUUGUAUUGUUCCAAAUACAAGUCUUAAAAUAAAACAAUGUGACAAACUCACUUCAGUCACUUUUAUAGAUCAAAACAUAACAAAUAAUUGUGUGCUGAACGAAUGUUUCAACAUCAAAAACAUCGAUUUUUUAAAUAUUCCUUCAAAUUUUGUUUUUGAAGGAAGUGUUAAUUAUUACAUAUACAAAGUAAUUAAAAAUAAAUACACGUUUAAAGGAGAUGUCGUGCUUUAUUAUAUUGAUAUGAAUUCGAUUGAUUGUAAUGGCGUUUUAAUAAUACCAGACGAAGUCACCGUAAUUGAUCAAAUUGCGUUUAAAUUAUCGAAUUUAAAAGAGGUUUGGAUGGGAGCAAACGUAAAGAUGAUUAAAAUGGAUGCCUUUUCGUGUUGUCCACACUUAACACGUGCAAAAAACAUGAAUCGAUCUACUGUGGUUCAGAGAGACGCUUUCUACAAAUUCUGGUUUGAGGUAACAUUUAUAAAAAAGUGUUUUUGUAUUUAUCACCAUAAAAUUCGUCGCAAAAGGGCAAUAAUGAAGACGCUUUAA